CCUCGCGCCUCGCCCUAGCGAGAGAAUCGAUCUACAAUCUGGCCGGCCGCCCGCCGCCUCCUCCACCGAACCCCCUCAGAACCAUGGCCGCCGCCAAUGCUCCCGCCGGAACCGGCGGCACCCUCCCCGAUUGGGUGAUGCUUGAGCGCUUCAUCUUCCGUAGGGACGACCCCCAGUCUUUCCGCGAGGACGAGAGGACCUCCGCGACCGGCGUGACCUCCGUCGGCGCUCACUUCCGCGUCUCCUUCAUCCUCGCCGAGCCCCCCACUCCCUCGCGCCUCUACCUCAGCUGGCCGGGAGGCCCCAAGCAUGAGCAGAUGUGCCACCUCGCGGCGGCCCACCGCAACCUCGUCCUCCUCAGGCUGGACUCCUUCGUCGACCCCUCCAACCCGUCGCCGUUCGGCGAGAUCGCGCACGACUACUUCAUCUACCACGUCGCCGCCGACGACCCCCGCUCGCAGGCGCAAUCCGCGCCUGCUCUCAGACGGCUGCCGGGCUGCACCGUGCACAACGCGCAUUUCGGAAGGCCGAUCCCGCGCCCGUUCGUGCCUUGGGGUGUCGGCCUGCUGUGCUGCGGCGAGGAGUUCGCCGUGGCGUAUCUGGGCGUAGGCUGGCGUGACCCGGAGACCGAGACGCUGGAGGUGGAGCUGUGGGUGCUCCGUUCGACCAUCGAUGGUGAUUCUGCUGGUGGUGACGAGAAGUGGGAGGCCAAGUAUCUGCCGAUCCAUGGGCAGGAUGUUGAACGCUCCAAUCUGAUCGACUGGACGACGAGCGAGGUGAUUCCCUUCAAGAAUGCACUCUGCUGGGUGGACUACGAUCGAGGUGUAUUGUAUUGUGAGGACGUCCUUGGAGACAACCCCAAGGCCACCUUCGCCGGUUUUCCUCCGGAUUACUCCAGCUUCCAUCCUUCAGGCCGCCCCGCUUUGUACCGCAGCUUGUGCGUCACCGAAGGUGGUCGCACGUUGGCAUUCCUUGAUGUUGGCCGCCAUGACGGUGCUGAUCUAGGCCGGAUGGUGCCUGGCACUGGUUUCACCAUCGUCUCCAUGGCAGUGACGGAAACGCAGUCAGCCAAUAGUUUUGUUGUUCAAGCAGAUGACCUGUGGGCUACGCACACCCCGGAGGAUCUCCCACGUGAGGUUAUGAUGCUCCCUCUGCUUAGUAUGGAUGAUAUCAAUGUCGCGAACUUUGUAUUGUAUGAUUGGGUAGGCAGGUUUGGCAAGUUGUCGCUAGUUACCAUUGACCUGAGCACCAAGCGAGUGGUUGGCUCGGUUGUUCCAUACACCAAUGGGGAGGAAGAUCUUUCUACUGACGACGCUGAUUUGGUCAAGGCUAAACCAAGUUUCUUUAUGCACUUCCUUCCAGCAGAAUUCCCCAAGUUCCUGAAUCUCCAAAGGAAGAGGAAGAACCCUGCAUGAGUCACAUCACCGCAUUGGCCAUUUCACCACUCUGGAUUCUGGCUAGACUCACGAGCGAAUAAUUAUGAUUUGGGCCACAUACAGUUGGCCAAUUGGGCCAGUACUAUGAAACUGUGUGGGCCUCAUUGCAGGGCCUCUAAUCGGCUACACAUUGGCCACCAAACGCAACAACAGUCGGCAGUGGAUGGCAGAACCGCAGCAACUAAAACCAGUGAGAGCGCCGGUUCAAUGGAUUAUUGGUUCAACCGUUCGGUUGAACCGCUGGUCCAAUAACUUUGAACCGGCCACAAAUUCUGUGAACCGGUCACUAUAUACGAUUAAUAAUUAACAGCACAUAUUGUAAUAAUAUGGUUGAUCAUAGAAAAAAAUGUUUCAC